AUGGCGAGGCAGAACGAACCACAAUUUCAAAAACUGACGGCCGAAGACAAAGCCGCAAUUCGACGUGAGAAAGUCAGAUUGAAUGUGAAGGCUUAUCGACAACGGCAAAAGGAGAAACAGGACAGCCCGCCUGGGGAUUCUCGAACAAACGGCACAUGUAACCCCCUGCACAUAACACUCCGCUGGGUUCCAGAGAAACGACCAAAAUCACUGAGUGAAACGAGGCAUCGUAACCAAAAGCCGAAAAGAGCCUGGACCACCAAAGAGUCCGAUGCAAAGAUCAAAGAGGUCAACCGUUUGUCGACGAAAGGUCUUUCUCUGGUCCACCAACCGAAUCUGGAGACACAGUACACGAACGCUUUGCUCGACCAAUUUCUCUUCAGAUUCCUUCCUCGGGGCUGGACGCAAAAGCCAUCAACGAGUCGACAAGUAAGACUAGCAGCGCCGUGCGCAUCGUGGAUCACCCGAUCGUUUGACCUUGCUUACCACCAGGGCCAAACCGCAGUCAGAGACCUGCUGCGCACCAUCGCGCUUGGAUUGAUUGCGAUUGAGGAGGGCAGGGAAGAUUUCUGGAGGAAGUCACUGGUUUCGUACCGAAUGGGCCUGACAGACGUCAGGCAGCGUAUCGUCCAUGUUGGACAGACUAAAGUUGAUCCCACUGAUCUGUUGGCCCUGCUGCUAUCGUGCCAUGUCGCAGCCAUGUUUGAACUCGCUGUCAAUGCUUCGCUGUUUGACAUGAUACACCAUAUCGAUGGGAUUGGUGCGUUGAUAAUGCACGCAGCAUCUGACAAUGGCCAUCUCUCGGAGUUCUUCUGCGACGUGAUUGAAGAAUUCCGCAUUAUGGAGAUGUGCUUCUGUUUAAUUAUGCGACGAACAUCUUCGUUAUUAGGCCUUCAGGAUCGGGCAAUCUAUGUCGAUGCCGAUGGUACUUCACUUACAAGUUCUGGGAAAUCUGUGUCCCAUAUGGGGACAUUGAUUAAUAUUGCUGACAGGAUAUGUGUGGCUAUUGUCAAAUGCGAUGGUCUACAACCACUCUUGGAUACCAAUCAGACAAUCGCCAGCCUUCUUCAAAUCAUGAAAACGUCGUACGACGUCCUGGACGACUUGGAAGCGUGGAAGGAAGACUUCCUUGCGAUAUACGGAUCGUCUAUCUACCAUCUUGAGGAUGAACCAUCCAGUAAAGAGUUGGAGUUCUCCAGCUUAACUGUCGGUUCAACCUGGUGUUAUCACCUUGCGUACAGGUUGUUUGCAUUGGACACGCUUCUCUCUGCAAUGCAGUCACUCUCUAAAAUCGGGAAAAUGGGUGUGUUGUUCUGCGAAUCGCCACCCAUCUCUGAUGAGGGCAGCCUAGUAUCUGUGCAGGCUGAUAUGCUCAGUACUGGGCGCCUUUUGCUAAGGUCGCUGCCAUGGUUUUACCAGAAAUCAAUUGGCGUAACAGGGCGCACGCUGUCGAUCAUGCCCCUAGCAGCGGUAUGGCGCGCAUUUUCCAACGAAGUUUGGCACAACUCUCCCGCGCCCAUUGCGCUCUCCAAAGGUAGCAACGCUGCAGAGGUGCCUAAUUCCGCGCCUGAGCUCUUGAGUCAGGAUUUAGCCAUGUAUGAACAGCUAGCUCUCAGUGCGAAGGCUGUCGGGCUCCCGCUGGUGUCUGAACAAUGGGUCGCAUAUCAAGAGACAGUCUUUCCACGGACGAAAUGA